CUGUGUGCCACAGCACGGAGUGGAGGGGAGAGAGCGAUGAGGAAGCUUCUGCCCUUUUUGGCGGAUUUGAUUUGAGGGGACAAGGCAUUUGUUUGAGGGGGCGUUGCCCCCUCUUGCCCCUGCGUAUAGUCGGCCCCGCCACAAGCACUGAUCGUGUAAAUAUUUAGUAGAUUGACCAGAUGUUAUCAGGACUGGGUUGUUUGCGUGGGAGUAAUCGGUGCUCCGCCUCUGAACUAUAUCUUCUUAUGAAAACUUUACCGUGCAGUAUUCACGAGAACCAAGCUCAGGUUAAACCCAGUGUCCCCGCAGCCGAAAUACUGUGAUUUUUUUAAAUUUAAUUUCAGGCAGUCUGAGCAACAGCUGUGAUGGACCGCUGGAGGGGCAGAGUGGCUCUGGUGACCGGAGCCUCGGUGGGGAUUGGUGCCGCCAUAGCCAAAGAGCUGGUCCGGCAGGGAAUGAAGGUGGUGGGCUGUGCCAGGGACCUGGAAAAACUUCAGAACCUGGCUGCUGAGUGUAAAAGUGCCGGCCACAGCGGCGUUUUUGUGCCCUACAAGUGUGACCUGAGCAAAGAGGAGGAGAUUCUGUCCAUGUUUUCUGCCAUCAAAGCUCAGCACAAAGGUGUGGAUGUGUGCAUCAACAACGCUGGCCUGGGUCGUCCAGAACCGCUGCUGAAUGGAAAAACAAGCGGCUGGAAGAACAUGCUGGAUGUGAAUGUUCUUGCGUUGUCGAUUUGCACACGUGAAGCCUACCAGUCAAUGAAAGAAAGAAAUGUUGACGAUGGGCAAAUCAUCAACAUCAACAGUGUGUGUGGACAUCAUGUGUAUAAUUUUGCUGAUGCACAUUUCUACACCGCCACCAAGUUUGCAGUGACAGCCCUGACUGAGGGUUUGAGACAGGAGCUGCGUGGGGCCAAGACUCACAUCAGAGCCACUUGUAUCUCUCCUGGUUUGGUGGAGUCUGAAUUUGCUGUGCGCUUAUAUGAUGGGGAUGCUGAAAAGGCUGCUGUUUUUUUUGCUAAUCUAAAGGCAUUGGAAGGCAUUGAUAUUGCAAAUGCAGUCACUUACAUCCUGAGUGCCCCUCCACAUGUGCAGAUUGGAGACAUCCUGAUUGAACCAGUGGAACAGUCCUUGUAGUAUCCCAUCAGGGCUGACAAACUCUCAGCCUGAUUGAUUUUCAGCAUCUUAAAUUUAUCACUGUUUUUUAAAUAGUACUGUAAUUCUGUGCCAGCUUUCAGAAUAAACAGGCUGAUUUGAUCAUAAA